CGGCGCAGUGCGUGGGUGGCUCGGCAAACACUGCCACUGAGGACCAAGUUGCUCAUUCAUUGUGGUUCAGGGAUCUCAGCCUGUUGCCUAUCCUAGCUUUGUACAGUCUGACUCAACUUCCCUGCUGAAACACAAGAUGCAGUCUCUGAACGCACGAACUUUGUGAAUUCUGCUGCACGUCAGCAUUUUACAAAACUCCCUAUGUACUUCCCCAUCUUUGUUUCAUUUAUUAUUGCCACAAAAUACACUGUAAUUAAAUCAAUAGUCUGAGCCCUGUGAAAAGUCUUUUCUAUGACUAAGUCUGACCCGAGUGAAGUGAUAGAGGUGAACCCUCUAGGAGCCUUCUCUCUGUAGAAUGCUAGAUCAUUCACUGCCAGCCUGGGAAGAAUGGAUUCUGCUGUGCCUAUCCCCAUCGCUUGACCAGUUCAAUUGCUUUUCUUGACAAAGUAUCGUUUCGACUGGUUCAAAAUGGGCACUGCGUCUUCCAAGUUCAAAAAGUACCUUCAGCAUGGAGAUGAAUUUGCAGCCAUGCAGGUGUUUCAAAGCUCAGGAGAUUUAAAAAGACAUCUAGACCCCAACACAAGCUAUGGGGAACACCACAAUCAUAAUACUCCUUUGCAUUAUGCAGCAAAGCAUGGAAUGAAACAUCUGCUUAGGACAUUUUUGCAUGACCUUGGAGGUAAUCCAAACAAGCGAAAUGCAUUUAAUGAGACUGUCUUGCAUGCUGCCUGUAAUCUGGAAGUCAACAAAUGGUUCUCAGCACAAGAGCGCAGAGCAGCGUGCGUGUCUUUGAUCUUGCAGUGGCGAGGUGCAGACCUUAAUAAUGGGGGCAGAGAACGCAUUGAUCUACAAGCUCAGGACCAGAAAGGAGAUACUGCACUCCACUGUGCGGCCGGCUCAGGCCUAAAACGUUGUGUAGAGCUGCUCCUUGCUCAUGGCAGCCCUCUGUUUGUUGAGAACACAGAGCACCUCACUCCAUGUGAUGUGGCAGUGCGUGCGCAGCAUCAUGAUAUUGCUGCUCUUCUGGAAUCAAGGAUGGUUUUCGCUGACACUAACGACACUGUUAAUGAGGCUGAGCUGACGGGAGGAUCUGAGCCUGAUGAAGUGUACAGUGGUCUUCGUACUCAAGAUUUACAAGAGGCCAAAGACCAGCUUUUAGUCGAAACUAGUGAUAUGUUACACAUACCUCUCUUUACUGCAGAAGCGCUUCUGAGAGAUAAUGAGUGGUCUCGGGAGUCUCUUCUUGAUAAAUGGAUGAAGGACCCAGUUCAAUGUUGCCAUUCAGCAGGUGUUCAACCACCUCCUUCAGCCUUAGAAGGGGGCCCAAGUACAUUUUGCCUGACCAGACCAAUGCAUUUUCCUAGUGUGGUUGAAGAAUCUAAUAGCUGUGAUGAACAAGAAAUGGAGGGAACUGGAUUAGAAGACUCUUAUAAGUCUCCUAUUCGACAAAGGACGCACUCUGUGGACAAGGGCCCUGGACAACAAAAUGAUGAAAUCGAGUGCUCAAUCUGUAUGCUUUCUGUUAAUACUUGGGCUAUGCUGGAACUUGGCUCAAUGAGUUGUGGUCACACAUUUUGUUCAACUUGCUGGGAAAAUUAUUUGACUAUGAAAAUACAGGAUGGUGAUGCUCAUCACAUCAGCUGUCCUGAGUAUGGCUGUGAUAUUUUAGUUCCUGUUGAAGUGAUAGAAAAGUCUGUGACUCCUGAGGUGGCACGAAGAUAUUUACAAUUUGAUAUAAAAGCAUUUGUGGAAAGCAGCCGCUCCAUCAAAUGGUGCCCGAGGCCUGGUUGUGGGCAGGCUGUAAGGCUUCCAGAAACCGAGCAAAUUCCACCGCCAAACCAAUCAGCUGCUGCAACUUCGCAUGCUGUUGACUGUGGCAACGGUCAUUUUUUCUGUUGGGAGUGUCUUGGUGAGGUACACGCCCCAAGUGGGUGUGAGCAAUGGCAAAUGUGGCUGAGAAAAAUUGCUGAAGUGAAGCCAGAGGAACUGCCCACGUCUGGAGUAGACAUUGAAGAUGCUGCUAAUUGUUUAUGGCUUGUGACAAAUUCCAAACCGUGCCCCAACUGCAAAUCUCCCAUCCAAAAAAAUGAAGGCUGCAACCAUAUGAAGUGUUCCAAGUGUAAGCUUGAGUUUUGUUGGGUUUGUCUGGAAACCUGGAAGAAGCAUAGUUCUUCAACUGGUGGCUACUUUCGCUGCAACCGGUUUGAAGCUUCGAACAAGGCAGAUGAGCGUCAAGGUGUACUCAUAAGUGAAGCCAUGGUGCGCAACCAGCAAGCCACUGAGCUGAGUCGAUUUUUACAUUUCUAUACGAGGUUCAGGAAUCAUGAAAACUCACAAAAGUUAGAGGAACCUCUGUUAAGUUCAGCCCCUGCAAAAAUGGCUCUUCUGGCUGCUUGCUUGGUACCUUCCACCAGGACCAGGAGUCCAGGAGAUGAAAGCAAAAUUGAGAAAGGAACACAGUUUGUGGUCUCUGGUGUCAGAGAGCUUCUGAAAGCCCGAAGAAUCCUUUGUGGUUCUUAUGUGUAUGGCUACUAUCUCCAAGAUAAUGGAUACAACAAGAGCAUAUUUGAAUUCAUGCAGAAUGAAUUGGAGGAAGUAACAGAGAAGCUCUCAGAGCAAAUUGCUCGCCCUUAUCUGAGAACACCUCGCUCACUCAUAAUUCAAACAACAGCUCUGGUACGCCGUAAAAGACAUGAGUUUGUACGAGCUGUUAAUAAGGGUCUUGUGCCUCCAGAGACACCACCUGUUUUGCGUAAAAACCGAAAACGUCGAUUCCCUGGACUAGUUCCAGAACUUCUGGAUGAUAAGGAACUGUCACAAGCCAUAGCUGCAUCAUUAAAGGAAAUAGAUCCCAAUGAUAGCUGGGCCAAAGAUGUUCUGCACCAUCAUGCAUUACAGCCUCCAGACUAUGACUCUGAUGAAGAGUCUCCUUGUUCAACUACAACACCGCUGACUUUAUGUGGGAGGUUUGGUUGUGUGCGCCCCUGUGCACAAAAUGCAAGAACUCAGUCUUUACACCAGUUUUGUAGUUUACGCUGCUCUCGUGCAGUCAAAGUGUCUUCUACAAGUAGUGGUGAUUCCUACAACCUUGAUCUGGUCAUUGCCUUAGAAAUGUCUAGACUUCAAAUGAUUGAAGAUGAGCUUAAGAGGCAUCAACUGCAAGUUCCAUCUCAAGUUUCAUCCAAUUCUAAUGACAGUGCCUGUCAGUCACAAUCAAUUGCCAACCGACCCCCUGCCCCACUUCCUAUGGAAGUGGAGAAUCGAGCCUUCAUGGAGGGCACAGUAGCGCAUCCCCAACAGGAAAAUUUCGAUGAAUCAACUAAGUCAUCUAUUCAUCUGCCCCUGCAAGAUCUGGAGCAUCUGAAAGAAAUCUCAGAGACACAGGAAUCAUGUCAAAAUGAGGAAAGAAUUGCAACAUUGUAUACUACAGGCCAAGUGAAAAUGCAGUUAAUCAACAGACCAUACUAUGAAAAUGGAGAAAUAAACAAUUUUGGAAUCAAUAGAAAUGACUGGGCAAAGCCAUUAGCUGAACCUUCGUUUCUUGUUGGAAGCUUUAAACGGGAACACGGCGAAGAUGGCCGUUUUGAAAUAAGUGACAUACAUGAAAAUGGCAUAUUUAAUGAAGAAAUUAUCAGAAGUACCAAUGGUGAUGAUACAUUCGAUAAUUAUAAUAAUUUUGAAGAAGACGAUGGCUCAGGCGAAAGGUCUCUGAAGCGGUCUCAUUCAACUGGCGAUCUCAUACCUCGGCGAGUAUGGGGUGCUUCUAGGAGAAGAGAGCCACGCUACCACUUGGAUUCAGACCAUUCUAGUCAACAUGAUGACAAGCCGGAGGAAAUAGCGAGGCGUAUUCUUAAGGCGGAACGCCAUACCUUACUUCUGGUUGGACUACAUGGUAGUGGUGGUAGCACCGCCGGGAGCACCGCCGGGAGCACUGCAGAAAGCACUGCAGAAAGCACAGCAGAUGACACUGGUGUUGACUAUGGCCUACAAUCAUCUCUGGAUGAAGCGAGCACCACUGCAUGUGAUUCAAUGAAUGCUGAUCUUGAGGUCUGUGGCAUUUUAAGCAGCUGUAAACCAAGCCGAAAACCCGGUGAAAAGUCUGCGCGUAGCUUUACAAACCUUGCAGCCAUUGGUAAGAAACCAGCACUAGACCUUGAUUUGGAGUUUAUAGACGAAUGUCGGGUGGACACAAGUCAGCAGCAGGCUCCCUCAACAUCUGAUGCGCCUCAAGAAAGCAAACCUCUUAUUGUCAAAGAGAAAGAUAGUGAUUGGAAGGCAGUGUCCACCUCCGCAUCUGGUAGUUCCUGCACUUCAGGGUUUGCGGGUCCUUCCAACAGCACAGCAAGCUGCAUAAAACAUUGCAAGCAGACUGGCACAAGAGCAUCUGGCUCUGCCGCCAACCAGUGUCUUCGCAUACGGAUCUGUAAGUCCCCUCAGCUUGUGCCUAUUUCGUUGCCCAACAAACCCUUACAAGAGACUGAUAGUUCUAACGAGUACGAAUCCGAGACUGGUAUCCCGAAAUCCCCCACCCUCUUCAUUAGUGGUGUCUCCAUCAGCAGAACCCCCGAGCCCCGGCCACGGUCCCCCACCGCGUUCUCUGGACUCGCUGUGUCCAGUGUGGCUGUGGGGCGGCAGUCACGGGCCUCCAGCCUCACAGUCCCAGCCGCCCCUUCCCCACCAUCGUCAAUUGAGGCAGAAUGUUCUCCAAAUCUGUCCCCAACGCCUGGCCUGUCCCCCUGCCUGUCCCCCUGCCCCUGCCCCAGUGGAGUAGCCACUGCCCCUGGUUCUCCCAGAGCUCAUCCUCACUCGGGCACACCAUCGCCUAUCUUGAGUCCACACACAGCCAACAUUCAACAACCAGCGACCAAGAGCAAGUCUGCCAAUGAACCUGAGCGAGAGAGAGAGAUGUUCAGGUUCCCUAAGUCAUCGACAGAUGGUGCUCUAAGUUCUGUUCUCCAUGUCCAGGAAAGCAAUUUGAGCUCUGAUGACUUUCAUGAAGCCCUGUUCCUGCUGGAACGCAGUAAAGCUGUAGGUCCAAAUGUUGUCACCAAAAAACGUAAAAAAUCGAAAAAAGAGAGAGACAAAGAUAAAGAAAACAGCAGUGGGGGAAGCAGUAAGCCCCUUGAUAUUAUAGAGGCGAGUUCUGCACUCUAGAAGUUCUCUCUUAAUGGUUAUUUCCUUACAAUUCAGAUUUCUGUUUUGCAUGCUUCAGUGUGAAACUGUCAAAGUUGUCAAAAAAAAUGCUUCCAAGGUUUUUUUCCCAAGCGCUCUUUUCUUGUAUUCCUGUCUAUAUGAUAUGAUGGGUGCAAAUCUUCCUUUGUGUGAUUCUAUAUAUUGUAAAUAGAUUAAAUUUCUUGUUGCUUCAUGUUAUAUGCAACAGGACUGUGUCCAAUGUGGCUUCAUAGCCGACUGAAUAACUGAUGACAGGUUCUUGUAGUGGCUGGAUGAAAAUAAAGUAAGUGAGCUGAUUUGUUAAUUCUAGAAUAUAUAGUUUCUAAUUCUUAGUUACUUUAACAUUAAAACACAUAAGUGUUGUUGACUGGUCUCCAUUAUCUGCAUUGUAGGUGCUCUUGUAAGCUUCUGUACACCCAUAGCACUUUGACAGUCCCAUUCCUUCAACUUAUGUACAUUGUUCCAUUUUCACAUAAAAAUUCGAAUUCGACUGACUUAAAGCAUUCAAAUUUUGUUUUUGAUGCAUAAAAUUUGUGAUUGAUUUAUGCCCUCUGUUGGUGUUUUGUGUCUGCCUUAUUAUACUGGUGUGCAACACGUUGCUGCGAUACUGAUAGUCGGACUCCCUACGGUAAACAUGAUCUUUCCUGGUUUAAUGUGUUCUUAGAAGUGCCCUUUAAACAUUAUUAUUACUAAUAUUCACCUUGUCCUUAAUACCAUUGUAACUAGACACAAAAAACCUUAUAAAAACAUGUAGUGUUUAGAAGUACAUAGAAAAGUUUGCAAGUGAAACUGACUUCUGACUUUUGAGUCUUGCCUGUGGAUCAAAAACCAUUUCUAUCAAUCAACCUUUAUUAAGUUGUGUUAAGAGUCUGUACCGUCAGUUUUUGUGAGCUUGAAUGUUUCUCAGCCUCUCAUCUAAGGAUAGUGUUUAUCUCUCCAGUUUUUUCAUUGCAUGAUUUAUAUUCUUGUCUAAAUGUAUGAUACAAUAACCAGUCGCUUAGCACCUUAUUAGAGCUUUAAUUAAUAUGCAAAUAUCCUUAAUAUUUGUAAGAUGUGCAGUAAGAAAUGCAAUGUUAAAAUAUGUGUGUUAGUUCCACCAUAUUCUUGUGUACAUGGUUUUGCUAGUCCAAAUAUUUUGUGUCCAACAUUACUAGUGAUCACAAUAAAUCAAUGAUUAAGCUUGUAGAAUUCCAAAAAGAAAACCACUUUAUAGUCAUAGUUAUACUGUCAAGUCAGUAGUGUUAUUACUGUAUGUAUGAUGUUAUGUGUAAACCUUUUAUUUUGUAGUACAUUUCUGUGUAAAGUAUUAAAAUUUAAUCUGUAUUUUUAUGACGUUUUAAUGUUUGUCAAGUUUCGUGUAAGAGCUUAAUUGGUGCACCAUUGGAGACUAAAUUAACUGCCGAAAUACUGAUGAUAUCAACGAAAAUGUAGCAGCAUUUUUCUUUCUUUGGUCAUUUUGGACUGUUUUAUCUUAUUGCAUUUGCCCGGUAUCAAAAGCUCUAGAGUCUGUGUCGUAUAAACCAGUGUUCAACCAAACCUUGAUUACUCUCCUUCAUUGGGAUGCAAAUUUGUUGCCAAAUAUGCUAAGAUUCAUUAUUAUGAGGGCCAUUUUCAUUGUGAUAGAAUUUUAUUUCUGCAGUGCCUCCCUAUUCAUUGAAGCCAAAUUGUGUUCAAACAAUACCCUUUAGUCAUGCCAGUUGAUGUAUUUAGUCUCAUUAAUUCUUUGAACAAUUAUCUUUGCUUAUACAUCUCAUUAUUUUAAAGCAAACAAAGAAAAAACUUAUUAUGUGUUUUUGAAAAGUGGCUCAUGGUUGCCUGCGUAUCAUAAUCAACAAUAUCCUUAAGUGUAUUGAGUGAAUUUCUGUGUUCUAGUCAGUCUUAAUAGUUUUCAGAACUUUUCCCGGGAAGGAUGUGUCUUUUUUAAAAAAAGAGAUCUAUUUAAAUUUGUGGAUUUUGGUUGUGUGUUUGUAGUUUUUUUGUAUGAGUGUGUUUGUGUUUUCUUGAUAAGAAACACAUCUCGUUUUUUUUUUUUUUUUUUUGUUUCUUUUUUUUUAACGGAUCAAAAGUUUCAAACCUUCUGCAUUUUUAUUGUGAUAUAUUUUAACGACUGCCAUUUGGUCCCGGCUUAAGAUGAAGUGAAAAGUGUGAAGUUGUACUUAUAAGCUAAAAUAUCAGCCACAUUUAAACAGUGUGGAGAAGUAAUGAAAAUGAGAUGGGAUGUGAGGCAACAGAAUUAGGAGUUGUAUUGUGCAUGGAAGUGUUGGAAGUCCAGUAUUGUGCCACUAAUAUUCGGUUUCCAUUUGCUUGACUUCUUCCAAGUGCUGAAACAAACAGCAUUACUGUUUUGUUCUAAAUUGAAAAUAGAUACCCUUCACUAAGGAAAAUACAUACUUUUUUGCAUUUGAUAGCAAUAGUGAGGUGUUGAAGGAUGAAGAGGCUGGAGCUUGGUGUUUAUACUUCUCUCCAUGGUUACUAUUCUACUCUAUUGAACCAAUCAAAACUACAUAAGUGCUAAUCAAGGCAAGCUUUUCCCGUUUCUUUAUUAGUGUCUUUUGUACUGUCGAUAACAUAUUACAUGUGGUUGCUGUGUGCCACUAAAACUUCACUGAUUUGAUUUUCAUUACCCACUUACAUUAUUUACCGUAGUAGUAUUUGCUCACAUAUCUUCUCCAUAAGCAUGUGCAAUGAAUUCUAUGUUUUAAUACAGAAAAGGAUAACUUUGCAAUAUGACGGGAUUGCCCUUAUUCAAACUCAUUCCAACUUAAAAUUUUUGCACAUGACUUGAGAGGCCUGCAGAGCAUGAACUUUGAAAUGCACCGGAAUAAUUGUAAAUACAUUUGAAUUGCUCUAUAAAAAAUUUGGCGCCAGGAUGUUUUGCUUUUGUUUUCAGGGCAUUUGCAGACGGCCCUAAAUUUGUGCUUUUUCAGCUCAUUAUUUUAUUAAAAAUUGUGUGAUAUUUUCAUUUGACUGAUAUGUGCAUCGAAGAAAUAUACACUUGUAACAGGACGUA